AUGUCACCAUCUGAGGUCAGCAAAUGUCAUUUGAGUGCUCACACAUGUCGCAAAAAUACUGAGAAUUCUCAGGUCACCGGAGAUUGCUGCGAGGAGGCAUUAAGACGCCCCACACCCGGAGAAGGAGGCGCCAAGACGCCCCACACCCGGAGAAGGAGGCGCCAAGACGCCCCACACCCGGAGAAGGAGGUGCCAAGACGCCCCAUACCCGGAGAAGGAGGCGCCAAGACGCCCCACACCCGGAGAAGGAGGCGCCAAGACGCCCCACACCCGGAGAAGGAAGCAUCAACACGCCCCACACCCGGAGAAGGAGGCGCCAAGACGCCCCACACCCGGAGAAGGAGGCGCCAAGACGCCCCACACCCGGAGAAGAAAGCACCAAUACGCCCCACACCCGGAGAAGGAAGCAUCAAGACGCCCCACACCCGGAGAAGGAAGCAUCAAGACGCCCCACACCCGGAGAAGGAAGCAUCAAGACGCCCCACACCCGGAGAAGGAGGCGCCAACACGCCCCACACCCGGAGAAGGAGGCGCCAAGACGCCCCACACCCGGAGAAGGAGGCGCCAAGACGCCCCACACCCGGAGAAGGAGGCGCCAAGACGCCCCACACCCGGAGAACACACACACAACACUCUACACCUCAGUAUUUUACACAAGUGCAAGAGUCGAGUCCUCACAAGAAGCGCCAAAAAUCCUACAAGAAAUUGUCCACAAGUCUUUAG